ACGGGAACAUACCUGCUGGGUUUGGUAGGGUUUUUGACUCCCGCUUGGCUGGGCUCCCAUGGCGGCGGCGGAGGCGGACGCGCAGCCGGCGCCGGUAGCGACGGGAUCCUAUGCCGGCGCCGGCGGCCUCUCCACUGGCCGGAAGCUGGUGCCGUGGUCGAGCUGGGCGGAGUGGCAGUUCGUGCGCGACGGCCUCUUCUCCCCCUACCCCGCCGCCGCGCUUCGCAGGAUCGCGGCGUGGCGGAGCAGGGGCUCCCUCCCGAUCCCCGUGGACGUCACCGCCGCCUUCGUCGAGAUACGGCUGCGGGAUCCCUUCUUCAGGAGUGGGAUGGCUGGGGAUCAUGCGCCGGAGUCCGAGGAGAUGCUCGCAAUGCUGUACAGUAUGGCAAUCAUGAGGCUCGUAAAUGGUUUUGUGGAGAAUCCACAUAAGAGAACUGGACGUUCAAUAUCUGAACUAGCUGAGGCUGUUGGAAUACCACGAGUUCUGGUCGACAUUCGUCAUGAGAGUUCCCAUCGCAAUCUUCCCUCUCUGCGACUGUUACGCUUGGCAAGCAUUAAGGCAUUUGAUUGGUUGAAGUGUGUUUACUGGGAUCGCCAGACUAAUGCAAUUCCUGAUGCUCAAGUGGAACUGAGAUUCAGACUGCAUGAGAUCGCGCACUUUCUGAAGGGGAAUGAUGUAAAAGAAUCAAAAUCAGGUUCCAAAAGGAAACGUUCUGAGAAACUGAUUUCCAAAACCAUAAAGUACUCUCAGCGACUAUACUAUGCCUGUCCCUAUGAGGUUGUCUCUGUUCUAAUGGAUCUUUUGCAACUGGAUGCUCCGGAGUCCUCUGAAAGCAGUGACAUGCAACAAACUGAUAGUUUGGCUGUUAAUCACUCAUCCAAUGUUCAAAUAUCGAAUAGCGCAAUAAAAACUAUCAUAAUGAAACUGUCAGAGAAAGAACCAAGAUUGUUGCUUAGUUUACUAAAGUCAGUAAUUGAAAUGAUCGAGGCAAAGGAAGAACUCACAAGCAAAGGUGAAUCAUAUGUGUGUCUACCAGCUGAGCCAUCUGAAGUGAAAAGUUUAUGUUCCUUGGUUCUAUGGCUUGUCAGAAAUAUAAAAGAACUGAAGAGUUUAGGCUACAUUGGACUUGUGCACGAGAUAGGAGUACUUUCUUCAGAAAAGAAUGCAGUCCCUUGUUUUUGCCUUGCAAAACUUCUACCGAAGUUAUUGAAUCUGUCCACUAUAGGUGAAAGAUGUAUCAUAGAUGCAGCACUGCUGUUGAUUGAGAUGGUCGACAAUAAUAAUGUGAAGGAGAAAUUGAGGAAGCUUCCUAUGUUAUCUCUGGAAAGGUUGGCUAAAGUUUCUUCCCUCUCUGAAUCAAGAACCCUAUGCAACGAACAAGAAUCAGUUGAAAAGGCAACAAAGACACUGGAAAUGUUCAAGUUGCAGUUGAAGAGGCAGAAGAAUGCAUGUUCAGCAGAAAAUGGCACUGAAGGAUCGUUCAACACAAGCACGCCAGAGAAAUAUAACAGAUGGUCUGUAGCAAAGUCAUGGACUCCCUGUCCAAUAGGAACAAUACCCUGUUCAUUUAGUUCAACUGCUGUUCUUCCUGCUUUUGAUGCCAUCAAUCAUGGACUGGAGGAUGCCACAUUACAACAGCAUAGAAAUUUUGAGGACGACGAUCAUUCUGAUAUCAAUCAUGGACUGGAGGAUGCCACAUUACAACCGCCUGAGCAGUUGGAGGAUGGAAGCAUUAUGGAAAUACCAAGGUCAUCACCAGAAUAUGAUAUCUCAGAUAUGCCAGAACUGACAUUUCCUUUGAAGGGUAGAUUACUGGUUGGUGGUGUGUGGGAAAAGGUGACCGAUAAGGAGUUACUCUUUAUAAAAUCGAAGAUGAAAAUUUUGUUGUAGUAUCUAGUUUGAUUCUCCCCUCAAUAGUCAACGGUUUUGAGGCAAAUGGUAAUAGCACUCGAAUUGAGAAAACAGUGCCAUUUUUGUUCAGUUUU